AUGUUAUCCGACUCGCUAUACCAAUACGCCGUGAGCGACAAAAGUGUCAGCUCGGAACUUGCCGAGAACCCUAAUCAAUCGCCCGGGGAGAUUGCGAAUAGACUCUUCAAUAAGCACAAGCCUAAAGCAUCUGGAGACAACGCCAAACCACCAUCUCGCGAUGAAGUUGAGGAGGAAGAUCUCCAGCGAGCAUUAGAAUGCGGGAAUUGGGGUGGCCAACGCCCGAGUAAUCUGUUUCUAAAGUGCUACUACAAUGCUUUGCGCUCGCUUGAAAACCAGCCACUGGCUGGAUUGGUUUCACCGUGCCUGAUGGGCACGCAUGGUGUCGUCCCUUUAACUAUUAUUUCGACACUACCUGAUAUUAACCGGCACACUGCAAACUGUAUCGUUCGCGCCGAAAAGGAAGUUUUCUUGGCCACCAAUUUUUGGAUCUAUUCAGAUGCAUCCAUCAUUAUCACAAAUGCACUCCGUGAGUUGUCGAGACGAGCAGGAGAACGAAGCGACAAAGUUGUCGUCAAGAUCAUCUACGACCGAGGCAGUGUAAAGCAGCUCUAUGAAAACCAUCAAAACGUCUCGCCAAAGGAAUAUACCGGUGACAAAAUCCAACUUCCCGCACCUGAUGACAUUCCGAAUAUAGAUAUGGAAGUCAUCAACUAUCAUCGUCCGGUGCUUGGGACGUUCCACGCAAAACUGUGUACUAUUGACCGAAAAAUCGGACUACUGCAAAGUAACAAUAUCCAGGACAACGAUAACCUCGAAAUGAUGGUCCAUCUGGAAGGCCCUGUUGUGGAUGCGAUGUAUGACAUGUUACUCAUAUCCUGGGCAAAACAUACGAAGCCGUCAUUACCGAUGAUUAGUAGCCCGGCGGCCCAGCGACAAAUACCUUCACAUCAUAGCUCGCUCACCAAAGCGCAAUUACCAAACUCAACUGCAUCCGGUUCUUCGCAAAGACAGUUAGAGAUUCUUCCAGAAUCCACGAGUACAGAUCCACACUAUGAUUACAAUUUCGUUGAGGAGGCGAGGAGAGUAAACAGCCAGCUUGAUACGAGACCAGGCGAGACCAGACGAGACGCGGCAACGCGCCAUCUCAACAAAAGAACUUUAGUCCACAACAAGGAAGCAUUACAAAACCAAAAACUUCCUCAACCUAACGGACCGGAUAUUACAGAGAGCAAUAAGAUGACCCCUUACAUUGUGAUGCCCCAACACGAGCCAGUUCCAAUGGCACUGGUAAACAGAGAACCAAAUGGCUCUCCUGGCAACUCAAACUAUCCAGUGCCCCAAAACGCCACAUGGUUGGCUGCCGUCAACAAUGCCGAAAGGACCAUUUUCAUUCAAACGCCAAAUAUGAACGCAGAGCCCCUCCUGGAGCCGUUGCUCAAUGCUGUUAGGCGUGGAGUUACCGUGACUGCAUACGUGACGCUCGGCUACAAUGAUGCAGGAGAGUUACUUCCUGGCCAGAACGGUACUAACGAGAUGAUUGCUUAUCGUCUGUACUCUUCUCUUGCUAUUGAAGAGGAGAAGUCUCGGCUCAGGAUCUAUAACUAUACUGCAAAAGAUCGAAAGUCGCCUGUUCAUAAUAAAUUCAAGCAUCGUAGUAGCCAUGUCAAGUUGAUGAUUGUCGAUGAAACAGUUGCUAUACAAGGAAAUGGAAAUUUAGAUACACAAUCAUUUUUCCAUUCAACCGAAGUGAAUAUUAUGAUCGACUCUCCACUAAUUUGUAAAGUAUGGCGCGAAGCUAUAGACCGGAACCAGAACACAUCGCAAUUUGGUCUCGUUAGUUCCGAAGAUGGUUGUUGGCACCACCCUGAAACAGGUGCAAUAGCCGAAGGAACAAUAGGCCCCGAUCCUGGUAGGUUUAGCUGGGCUAGGGGUAUCGUUGGGGCUGUUCAGCGUGUUCGUGGUGCUGGUGGAUUUUAG